AGAUUUCUGAUUUAUCUUCUAACAAAGCAAAUCUAUCAAGUCAUCAUGAAUAUCCUUGCCGCCUGCCUUGUUGGCUUGUCUUUUGCCAGCACCGCCUUCAGUGCUCCCAUUGCUGCUCCGUACGAUCGAGCUUUGAUCUCUGACGCCUCCAUUCUUACUGCAAGAGAUCCAAAUGGCACUGCUCUUGGGUCAAAGAGAACCUCCUCAGCCUGGUCUGGCGGUGUGAUCGAAGGUCUUGACCUGAAGACUGUGACUGGAACAUUCAUACUCCCAACAAUUACCGACACCACACAUUUCGACCUCAACGGGAACCAGACGUUUGGCAUUUGGGUAGGCAUCGAUGGAAGUGCCGGGGAGGGCUGUGGAGGUCUCCUUCAAGCAGGUGUCUUCCUCGACACCUUCGCUGGCCUAGCCACUUACAAACCCUUCUACGAAUGGAUUUCGGAUCUUCCGAUCCAUGAACAUGCCCAACUCAACCUCUCGGGCGGCGACAGUGUGACCGUUACAGUGACCGCCACGUCUGAUACCAGCGGUUCCGCCCUGAUCGAAAACAACAGCAAAGGCACCGCUUUCUUUCUCCCAUAUGCCAAUCAGACAAAGCUAUGCCAGCCCUAUACCGCUGAUUGGAUCGUGGAGAGACCAAGGGCUCAUUUUCCAGGUUUUGACAACUUUCACCUAACACCGCUUGUCGAUUUCGGGACUAUUACGUUUACAGGUGCUUCAGCUACCACUACUGAUGGACGUCAAAUCGAUGCUUCAGAUGCCAGACUUCAGCUUAUGGACAUGGAUAUCUCUGGAGGCGAUCUUCGUCUUACUAAUGCCACCAUGGAUGCUUCCUCUAUUGUCGUUACUUAUGUGGGAAAUGGAAAGAUAUAG